UGUGUAAACGUCUGUUUGUUUAUUUUUUUCCCCCAUCCAGGAUUUAACUUGCGAAAUUUAAUUUCCUAAUUUAAGUAUCUUUUGUCUUAAAAAGUUAGCGUUGUCAUUUUGAAUUAAUCCGAUAAUAUUCUUGCAUUUUCAAGUAUGAGUGGCAAUGGGCAAGAUCACCAGUUACCCGAUGGACUUGAAGCUGCAGAUGAUGGACAAGAUGAAGAUGAUGAAUUUGGAGAAUUUGAAGGCUUUGAAGGAGGAGUAGAACGCAUGCAAGCUCAACCAGCUCCUUCGCCAUGGGCUACAUUCCCAGAUUUACUCCCAGUUCAGUCAAGUCCUGCAACACCAGCGGAAGAUGGUCAAGCUUCAUCAUCAAGAAUGAACAAUGCUUCCGCUCGGGAAAUGUGGCAACCACCAUCAAAUGUGGUGGCUUGGCCGGGACCCAGUGUCAGUCAUGAAGAUCCCAGACAUAUGCCUCAACAAAUGCGAACAUUAAACCCACCAGAUGUUUCCUUAGGGACCAAUCAAGCUGUUGGUGGGCGCAUCACACCAGAUAAUGUUCAUGAUGCAGCUCUUGCUGUAGUAAUGGAUCACAUGGAUAAUGGCUUGGAUGGGAGAAUGCCUGUUGCCCACAUAGAUAGACUGAAUCAACAGUUAGAAAAUGCUGAACAUAGCCGGGCUCUCUUGGAAGAGCAAGUUAGUGGUUUAAGACAAAGAAAUGUUGAAUUAGAACAGCAGGUUAUUAGUAGCCAAGCUCAAAUCAAUGAUUUAAAUACAAGGUUACAAAGAAAUCAGGAAACUCUAGAACAGAGAUUAUCAGAAAUGAGGCAUUUGAAUAAUGCUGAUUGGAGACAAGAUUUGAGACAAAUCCAGGAAGAAAUUGCUGCUAUCAAACAAAGUCAAAUAGAAGAAAGAAAUGAAUUAGAAGCAUCUCGACAAAAUUUGGAAGAAAUGAAAAGUGGGAUUUGUAAUAGGCUGCAAGUUUUAGAGUCUAAUAUACAGAGAGAAUAUGCAGAAAUGGAAAAGCGCUUAUCCAAAAAAUUUGAUGAGCAGUGUCAUCAGGUGAAAUCAGCCAUCGAAACUGUUGUCCAGCAAACAGCACAGCAUCUUUCAGGAAAUUUAUCUCAACUUGUUUGUGAAGCUGUUCAGAAUUCAAAUUCUGGAGAUAAUCAAAGCAGUAAUUUGAUGCAGUCAAUUAAAGCAGAACUGGAAAAGCACAAAGAUCAACAAAAAAGGGUUCUAGAAGAAGAAAGACAAAGACAGUUAUUAACGCUUUCCUCAGCCCUCCAGUCAGCUUUGCAACAUCUUAAUAGUGCAAUCAACAAUGACUCUAAGGUGAAAGAUGGUAACAUAUCUUGAUCAAAAAUGACACAUGCUCAUUUAUAUUAUAUAUCAUCAGAUAUGCACAAGAUGGAAUUUUAUUUACUCCAUUCAUUUGACUUUUGUGAAAAUUCAGUUAUUAUUUAUAACUAUAUAAGAAAUGAAUGUGUUUGUGUGAAUAUACUUCUCUCAAUGUAUGUAUUGUAUUAUAUUCACUAACAUGCUGAUGUUUGUGACAGUGUAAUUUUAUUAUAUAUGUAAAUAGAAGAAUUAUUACUUGGAAAUAAAUGUUUUGAUGUUAA